UUUUUUUUUCUUUAUGAAUUAUUCUCGCUUUGAUGAACCAGACCAAGGGCUUUUUGAAGUAGCCCAGUGUCCUAGUGAUUCAGCUGCUUUAACAAAUUAUGCUUAUAUUGCACCUGGUGUGAUUGAUCCUCAGGUUCAUUAUGUUAUCGUUGCUCGUGAAUAUGUAUUUUCUGUCAGAGUAGACAGAACACUUCAAAAAAAUCAGAUUGGUAUUAACGGUACUCAUCGUCGCUGGGCAUCGUUCUCUAUUGGGCAGCGCGUGACAGUAGACCCUUAUGAUAUACAUGCUGAAGGCGUAGACAUCUAUCUAGGCAAUCUCAAGAUGGACAUUGACUUUUUCCAGAGAAGUAAUCGACUUCCUGAUGAAUUCAAAGAAGAAGACCUUGCAAAAGCAUUUUCAGUCAACUUUCAUAGUCAAAUGUUUACUCGGGGUCAAUUCUUUGUGUUUGAAUACCAUGGUGUCAAAUUCAGAGCGACUGUAAGAGAAUUGGACGUCGUUGAUCUGAAUGUCUUGAGAAGAGGAGAAGUAGACGCUCGUCAUGAACAACCGAGCCAUGCUAUACGUGGUGUCUUAAUGCGAGAAACCAAUGUUGAAUUCACCAAAGCUGAGGGUUCCUUUUUGAAUCUAAAGCAAGCCAAGAAAAAAGCGAUGGCUGCUAAAGCAUUGAUCAAGCCUGACUUUCAAUUUGAAGACCUUGGUAUUGGUGGUCUUGAUGAUGAAUUCAAUGCUAUUUUCCGUCGUGCUUUUGCAUCCCGUAUUUUCCCUCCUGCUCUUGUAGAGAAACUGGGUGUUCAGCAUGUCAAGGGUAUUUUGUUGUAUGGUCCUCCUGGUACAGGUAAAACCUUGAUGGCCCGUCAAAUUGGUAAAAUGUUGAAUGCCAAAGAACCCAAGAUUGUCAGUGGUCCUGAAGUCCUGUCUAAAUUUGUGGGUCAAUCUGAAGAGAAUGUUCGUAAACUGUUUGCUGAUGCAGAGGAAGAAUACCGUGCCAAGGGAGAAGAUUCUGGCUUACAUAUCAUCAUUUUUGAUGAACUGGAUGCUAUCUGUAAGUCCCGUGGUAGUCGAAGUGAUAAUACAGGUGUAGGUGACUCUGUUGUCAAUCAAUUGUUGGCCAAGAUGGAUGGUGUUGAACAACUCAAUAAUAUCUUGAUUAUUGGUAUGACCAACAGAAAGGACAUGAUUGAUGAAGCUCUUUUACGUCCUGGUCGUCUUGAAGUUCAUAUGGAAAUUGGUUUGCCUGAUGAAAAGGGUCGUCUUCAGAUCCUCAAGAUCCAUACAGGCAACAUGAAAAAGAACGACGUGCUUGAUGAUGAUGUUGUCUUGGAAGAUUUGGCUGAUCUAACAAAGAAUUAUAGUGGUGCAGAAAUCUCGGGUGUUGUGAAAGCAGCUUCGUCUUAUGCCUUUAGUCGACACAUCAAAGUAGGCACCAUGGCAGGCAUUUCUGCUGAUAUCGAAGACAUGAAAGUGUGUAUGGACGAUUUCUUGAACGCAUUAAAGGAAGUUCAACCUGCUUUUGGUGUAUCAGAAGCAGAGCUGCAGCAAUGUGUUCAGAACCAUAUCAUUCCUUUCAACCCUUCUGUGGAUCAAAUCUUGGAAGAUGGUCGUCUGUACGUUGACCAAGUGCGUCAAUCAAGCCGUACUCCUCUUGUCAGUCUCUUAUUGACAGGUCCUGCAGGCAGUGGCAAAACGGCUCUUGCUGCCACCAUUGCUAUGAAGAGUGAUUUCCCUUUUAUCAAGUUGAUUUCACCUGAAAACAUGGUUGGCAUGACAGAAACAGCCAAAGUCACUGAGAUCAACAAGAUCUUUAAUGAUUCUUACAAGUCUCCUGUUAGUGUGAUUGUGAUUGAUUCUAUUGAACGUCUUUUGGAUUAUGUACCUAUUGGUCCUCGCUUCUCUAACAGUGUGUUGCAGGCUCUCAUGGUACUUUUGAAAAAGAAGCCACCAAAAGACCGUCGUCUGUUGAUCAUUGCCACCACAACUCAACGUCAAAUUUUGGAUCAAAUGGACAUGAUCAGUGAAUUUUCAGCAGAGAUUUAUGUUCCUACCAUCACCUCUCUAGAAGCUGUUGAUAUUGUAUUGCAGCAAUUAGAACUAUUCAGUGAUGUUGAAAGAGAAAGGGCGCUUUCUAUUCUCACACAAGCCAAUAUGGAUCACAAAUUGACGUUGGGUGUAAAGAAGCUUUUGAUGAUUAUUGAAAUGGCUAGACAAGAUGAAAAUAAGGUGGAUAAGUUUGUCAAUGCUAUUUUGGCCUUGUAAUUUCAUUUUUUUUUUUUAAUAAUAAAAUUCCUUUUUCUUUCUUUGUUUUCAAUGAAACGAUAUCAUCCUAAUUACUUGAAAGAGUCUGUGUUCUUCAGUUGUUCUACAUGCCAUUCACAUCUAGUGUCUCAAAACGAUAUCAUUUCUAAAGCAUUUGAAGGCAUGCAUGGCCCUGCUUUUCUUGUUGAAAAAGUCAUCAAUAUGUCUAGAGGUCAAAGAGAAGACCGCAUGUUAUUAACAGGAACUCAUACAGUAGCAGACAUCUCUUGCCAGAUAUGCAGAUCUGUCAUAGGCUGGAUUUACA